AAAAAUGUGGUAUUUGGCCAUUUUGGCCUUCAGAGAUAUACAAUUAUAUUCCAUAAUAAUCUUUCUACAUGUCAAUCGGAAGAAGCGACCACUUGGCCAUGGCUAGCUCCCAUAAUAAGAAGCCCUCUCCACUUUAUAUACGCUUAAUUUUCUCCAUAUAUUCCAGCAUAUAUACCACCUUGAAAAAAAAAAAAAAAACUAUUAAUCUCGCUAAGAUACAACAACAAACUUGAAAAUGGGAAUGGAAGAAGAUAUGAGUAUAGCAUAUGGGUACAAGACAAAGCAAUCUUCAUCACUCUUGAGCUCCAUUUUCAUGUCCACAGCUAACGCAGCAGCAAAGACGCUGGUUUCUGUGUCAAAAACCCAACAGAUGGAGAAGUGGAAGGCCAUGGAUCAUAUGCGGUUCAUGGUCAUGCUAAUCACUUGGCUCACUCUCUGGGUUCUUAGGGUUUUAAUGGAUUACUUGCCUUCCUCAUCAAUACCCUAUUUUCCCCAAUAUCUCCUUGGAUUCGUUGGAUCAUUGGCCUUACCAGGACCCUCAUCAUCAUCAUCUUCUUCUUCUUUUCCUUCGUUGGAUUUGGUUGUUCAUGAAGGACUUGAUGGACCCUCAGUUCAAGCCCUUGGUAGAGCACUUUCACAAAUCCUUGCACUACUGAACGAGAUCCCAGCCACGUCGAGGAAAUACCAAUUUACGAUGGCAAUGGCUGAUAGGAUAAUGGAAGAGAAUGCUAGAUUUGGUCACAUGGAGCUUCUCCAGAUCAAUCGGAUGACUCUAGCUUCAGCGUUUGCACAUACCUCAAAUCUUCUAUGUGAAACUCUCAAACGCACGGUAACAGACUAUGAUCAUCAUGAUAACAACAAUGGCACAUGGAGCACAAGCUUAAUCCGAAUGCUUCCGAUGUGUUCUUACUUGUCUUCCUAUAUGAAAGGACUUGGUGUUUGCGUAAAUGCUAUAAGGUCUAUGGUAGCAAAAGUUGGGACAUGUCAUGAGUUACAAAAGAAGGGGCAACUGGGGGGAAUAGGCCGUGAGACUGAUCAGGGUGAAGUGGAGGAGGUGAUGGCAGAGAAACUAGCUCAGGAGUUGUUGUGGAUAACAACCAAGGUUAAGGAUUAUGGGACUGUGGAUGAUGCUUUGGUGCAAUGGAGCUUUGCCUCUGAUCUAGCAUCUCUCUCCCUCACAACUAUUAAUGUUAGGGUCCAGGGCUUCAUUGUCAAGAUCUCAGCCAUAUUAUUUCGUGAUCUCAUUGGAGAAGACUUGAAAAUUUCAAGGCAAGUGAAGUUCAGAUUGCUAUUGUUUUGGCUACCAUUAUUUUGCCAUGCAAGCAACGGGUUGACAUAUCCCGUGUUGACAAGGUUUGAAAAGAUGGAAGUAGAGAGCGCAAUAGAUGAAAUACUCUCCAGCUUACCAGCAUCGGAUCAAGAAGUUAUCCUCACAAAUUGGCUGCAAGAUUUUGCCAUAGCAGCUUCAGACUGGCCGAAUCUUCAAUUUUCUUAUGAUAGAUGGUGUCAAACUAGUCGUAAAGCCGCCUUCCACUUUAUUUCCCCGACUGUUUCGCUUCCAACCAAUUUGGUUAUCUCAUAUCCCUCUUUCCCGCAUUUGGUUCGAGAUGUUUGGACUAAUGCCCCGAACCUCCAAUUGGCCAUUGAUCAAUUCAGCUCUAAAGCGAAGGUGCUGGGAGCCCUGAUUACUGAUAAAUGUGAAGAUAAACUCUGGAAUCCUGUUCUAGCUUCUCAAGAUGGUAUCGCUCUCUCACACCUCUUUUUCGUGGACGAUCUUGUUUUGUUUGCAAAAGCGGACCAAAAGAACUGUGUUGCAAUUCGAGAUGUUCUGGAUUCUUUCUGUGACAUGUCCGGGCAAAAGGCACUCUUAGAAGCCUUCUACAUGGUCCUCUCCAAUGAGAGGAAGAAUUUCUUCGUAUUAAGGAUAUGGUCUCCACUGUGGGAUGGGACUGGUUUAAAUGCUUUCCCCAUUCCGAGACACAUCCUUUUGGACAUUAAAGCUACGCCCAUUCCUCAGCUUGCCAACAUUGAUGAUCGGUUGGCUUGGAUAUCCUCACCAAAUGGUGAUUUUGAUCCCAAAGAUGCAUAUCACAUUGCAUGUUCCAGAAUGGGCAAUAUGGACAAUGGGCAAUUCAGAGGAGCUUAG